UGGAGUUGGGGAGGGCGACUAAGUUCUGUUUCCAUGGAGACCGUUCCGGCUGAGCGACAACACUACUAAAGGUGGACGAACCCCGACUGUCAGCCAAGGUCCGGAAGGAGCCCACUAGUAAAGGUUGGCGACAAUACCCUGACCCCUGGUUGACCCCAAACUCCUGACUCUGCCUCCCGCAGCUUCGUGACGCUGAGACGCGUCCAACCUCGCCAGAACAUUCGGGCUUGGGGUAGGGGCAAGAGCUGAGUUAGAGGAGCGGGCUGGGGGCCCUGACCCAUGGCGCCCAAGAAGAAGCGCGGGCCGGGCGCCGGGCGCCGGGGGGGCGCGGCGGGAGAGGGCGCCGAGCCACCGCUGUCGGAGCGCGCUCAGUACCUGCAGCGCGAGCACAAGUUACUCUCUGAGGAACUGGAGGCCUGUAAGCAGCGCGUCGACCAAGUGCUGCGGGAGAACGACUUCCUGGACAGCGAGGCGCCGCGCCUGCGCGAGGAGAACCGGAUCUACGCGAGCUACGCCAGCACGCGCGCGCAGCGCUACGCCAACGCCAUCGUUAGGUUGGAAGAGCAGAACCGCGAGAGCCUGUCGCAGAUCCACUGGCAGCGCGCAGAGCUGGCGUCAAUCUACCGCGGGCGUGAGGACGGGGUGCGCGCGCAGCUGCUGGAGAUGGAGGCGCGCGCGGCGCACAUGACGCAGCAGGUGCAGGAGCUGCAGCCCUACAAGGAGCUGCAGCUGGAGCAGCUGGCCCGGAUCCGGGCGCUGGAGCGCGAGCUGCUGCAUAUGCGUGUGGAGCACACGCAGCUGCUCCACCGCGUGAAGCGGCGCUUCCUGGAGGACAAGGCAGCGUUUGAGCGCGAGGCGCGCCAGAGCGUGCAGUCGCUGGCGCGGCACGCGGAGCGGGAGGCGGCGCGCGCGCUCUUGGCGCACACCCAGGCCAUCAGAGUGGACAAUGGUCGCCUGCGGCAGGAGCUGCUGCGGCUGCUCCGCCGGGCCCAGGUGCUGCAGGACACGCGGCGCCAGUUGCUGGAGCAGCGCGAGCAGCUGCGGCGCGAGCAUGAGGACACGCGGGACCUGGCGUGCGUGCACGGCUGGCUGCGCCGAGGCCCUGAGGGCCCGCCGCUUUGGGAACCAUCGCCAGCCGCUUCUGAUCCCGAGUCUUUUCCCUCCAAAACCCCGUCGAACGCGACCUUCCGGGUCCCAUCAGUCCCAGCCUCCCACAACCCGUCUCAGGUCUUAUGCCGCGCGGAUUCUUGGACCCCGUCCCUGCCCUCAAAGGUCUCAGUUCCCAGGGUCCCGUCACUGGUCCCAUCGCGUGUUGGCUCCAGGGUCCUUUCUCUGGCCCCUUCGAAGGCCAGUUUACGAGUCCCAUCCCACGUGGGCUCCAGGGUCCAGUCCUUGUCGCGCCCAGGCUCCCGAAUCCCAUCCCUGACCCCAUCUGGCCCGGGCUCCGGGGUCGCGUCCUUGACAAGGGACUCUCAAUUCUCUUCGCGGUCCUCACUGCGUGCCGCCUCACAGAACACCAUCCUCUCUGGGAAGCUCGUCCCCAGGUCGAACUCUUAUCCUCUCCCAGUCGAAGGAGACGGCGACCGUGAUGCUGCAGAUGAAGCCGCCUCCGGGAGAGCCUGACCCUACCUCAAGGAAGGCUAGUGAGGCCAGAAGGUGGCGGGGAAAGGGGCUGUCCAGGAGGCGGGUUUGGUGAAUGGAUUAUGAAUAAAGGCGUGACUCCCUCCACCACUCUCCGCUCUGGCACCGCCUGCUUCGCUGUCCAGCGUUUCCGGCCAGUGCAGCGGCCACUCAUUAUGGCUUCCAGUUUCCAACCUGCAAGGCUGGUCGUUCUCUGCCUUGUGUGUCUGCCGGGACUCCACAGCUGGUUGCAUUGGCAGGGGCAGAGGGAGAUGACCACGCCACCGUCUUGCCCACAGGGCUGAUAGUCUGGUGGCAGACAUGGACAUCGGGGGCGUGGACAGGUAGUAUGAGAGCAUGGAGGGAGUCUGGCAGGCCGGGGAGGCGCUGGUGGAGGGUCUCAGGCCCUCAGGAGCCAUCGAAAGGGCUGGGCUUUGUUCCGGUGCCAAAGGGAGUCACGGGAGUUUUUAUGUUUAACCUACUGAGUUUUGUGUUUCUUGUCCUGCUGGGCGGCUUUUGGAAUCUCAGUUUUCUGACCAGGGAUUGAAUAUUGAACCUGGGCCCCGGCAGCACCCAGUCCUAAUCACUGGGGAAUUCCGGGGAUAAUUUUUAAUUUUGAUUUCUCUGUCAGACCCAGUGCGUGGAGGCCAGUUAGUACGGUGUCCAUCACGUG